ACUCACCAUUGACUACAUUACUAGUUUACUACUCCUUCGUAGUUCGUAGUUCGUAGUUGACCAUUUGCUUAAACCCCAAGAUUUAACGUUUAGAUCCACUGAAUAGUUGCAGAGAAAUCAAAAUGUGAAGAACACAAUCAAAUCAACUCUCUCUCUCUCUCUCUCUUUGUUUCUGUGCUUUGGUCUGGUUGCUGAAAUGUACAUUUUUGGAAAAGGAAGGAAAUCUAAAUUAGGGCGGAAAGAGUUAUUUCUCCUCUCGCUGCUUCUGUUGGUAUCCUUCAAUGCAUCUGCUCUACCCUGUGCUGACAAUCGAUGCAAAACUGGAAACUGCAGCGACACAGGCGCUUGCUUUUGUAAUCUCCCAGAUCCUUCUACCAUACUUGAAGGCGAUAGAUCAUUUCUUGGGGGGAGGUUUUGCAAUGAGGAGCAGAUCAUGUGUGAUGGGACUAAUUCGUCCUGGUGUGAACACGGGGCGACCUGCGAUGAGAUUGUUCAUGGCGAGAAUUACACCUGUAAGUGUCUUCCAGGAUACUCUGGUAUACACUGCGAGCACGUUGGGGCUCCCUGUGGUCGACUUUUCUGUUUUCAUGAAGCAGAGUGCUUAGUUGAAGAUGAUGUGUGCGAGUGUCCACCAGAUUGGAGAGGCAGCGUUGACUGCUCGUUACCUACCAGAACUGAUACAGAACCGACCACAAAUUCAACCACUAAAGUGUUGACACAUGCAGAUGGUAAAAAUAAUACAAAGUGGCUUGCAGUUUCAUUGGUCAUUUCAUGUACCAUAGCAGCAGUUUCUAUUGUUUCUAUUUAUGCUAAGAGAUUCUCCAAGAAGAGAGGAGGGGAGGGUCCAAAGUUUCAAGAGUUGUCUCAAAUUCAGACACAUAACGUCUUCGAUGAUGAUGAAGAUGAUUCAUCUGUUUCAGAGGCAUUUCUCAAUGACAAUGCACACAUUUAGAUUGUAAUAUUCAACGUUUAGAAUCUCUAGAAGUUUGUGUUUGCUAGGUACGUCAGUUUUCUUGUAUUUUAUCAUACUGUCAUUUUGUUUGGUUUUGGAGAUUAUAUAGUAAAAAUUACAUUUUUUUAUUCAGAACUUUGAUGCUACUGGGAAUGAUAAAUGAGAUUUUUGUGGCUCAGAACUAUAAGGAUAUUUCAAAUUGAGUACCUCAUCCAA